UACACUGAACUCUACUGCAGAUAAGGAAGGGAGAGUUAACGUUGCGUCUCGCCCAGUGACGUCGCGGGUGAGUGAGGGACAUUGUUGAGAGCGAUAAGAGGGACGAGAAGGGAAGGAGAGAGCAGGGAUGUGCACAGUGCAACGUCGCUCAUGUGUGUGUGUGCGCGCGUCUCUGUGUGUAGGCUAUCGCGCGUUUCCCGAGUCAACAUUUUACACUGGUCAGAAAUACAGCGAGUUGUUGUAACUCGGAUCACAGCAUAGCCGUAUUGCAGUCUUUGUUUUAGGGUUUGGGGAACAUUUGUUUGCACGAAACACACUUUUGCACAGACUGCUGUCUACAUUUGCUGUUUAUUUUCUCCCUACGAGUCGUAUUCGAUGGAAACAUGGCAAUUAAACGGGCAUCUAUUUGUGAGUAUGAUUCCUAUAGCGAACUAUAGGCUACAGUAAUCUUACCUAAGCUCGGUAAUGAUUGUAUAUUUGCGUUUUUUACUUUCAUGGACUGGUGAUCCAUUUUUGCAUUCGAAUCGACCUGUUGUCAAUUAUUUAAAACCAAGCAAUAUGGACUUUAUGGCACAACUGUAGGUUAGGCUAUUUAAUAAACAUUCCGCAAUCUACAGCUUUGAUUUAUUUAAAGGUAUAUUUGAUAAAGCCUAGUUGAAUAGGCUACAUGUGUCUUUUUACUUAAUUUUUAUAGACAAUUAUAGGCUAAGCACAGCAUUUGACAGCAACGCCAUUUACAGUUUGUAUUUUAGCAAUAGCCUCUCAGUAGCCUACUCGUUUAGAUUAGGGUCAGAUUGAAUAUUUAAGAUAACGUGUAUCGGUUGUGGUGGCCGCUCGCUAGCGCGUGCACACGCAUACGCGUCCUUACCUCAUUGAUCCUCACACACGCCAACACACACUUUCAAACAACACACACUUUCACACGCCAAAAAAAAAAAGCGUCAGCACGCAGGCUGGAUAUCAAUCGACCAAUCAAACCUCUCUUUGAGAUCAUCAUCCUCGCCAGCUGUCAUUCCAGAGUCUGAAGAGUGCAGCGGUGGAGGGAUGGCACUGUCAUUACUUAUUUUAAUUGUCUUGGUGUUCCCCUUCCUCACGGCGGCCAAACACAAUACAACCGCGGGAGGCUGUGCUAUCAUCCGUCCUCCCAGAGAUGGAGGGAUACGGUACAGAGGACUGACCCAAGAGCAGAUCCGCAGUGUGCAGGUGUUACCUCUGGACUAUGAGAUUGAGUACAUCUGCAGAGGGAACAGAGUGAUCGUAGGACCCGAGGUGAGGAAGUGUCUACCCAACGGUACCUGGACUGACCUCACCCAGCGCAGCAAAUGUUUACUACAGUGCCCGCGGGUGUGGACGUCUCUGGAGAACGGGCGUGUAUCCGCGUGGCCCCUGGGGCCCCCAGUGGAGGGGACGGUAGUGCAGUACAGCUGUCUGCCGGGAUUCAUCCUGGUCGGCAGGAACUCAACACACUGCAACAAGCUGGGCAAGUGGGACUCUCCCAAACCCGUCUGCCACUAUGACAGACAUUACACAGGCAAGAAGAAGCUCUACAUCGGUGCCCUCUUCCCGAUGAGCGGAGGCUGGCCCGGGGGCCAAGCAUGCCUCCCGUCCGCUCAGAUGGCCCUCGACUUGGUGAACAAGAGAACGGAUAUACUGCCAGAGUACGAACUGGAACUGAUCCACUACGAUAGCAUGUGUGAUCCAGGUGAAGCCACCAAGCUCCUGUAUGACCUGCUCUACACUGAGCCCAUCAAGAUGGUCCUGAUGCCCGGCUGCAGCUCUGUGUCCACGCUGGUGGCCGAGGCCGCUCGCAUGUGGAACCUUAUAGUGUUAUCCUAUGGUUCCAGUUCUCCGGCUCUCUCCAACCGUCAGCGCUUCCCGACGUUCUUCCGUACCCACCCGUCUGCCACCCUCCACAACCCCACCAGGGUUCAGCUCUUUCAGAAGUGGAAAUGGACUAAGAUCGCCACCAUCCAGCAGACUACAGAAGUCUUCACCUCGACGCUGGAUGAUCUAGAGGCGAGGACCAAGGAGGCCGGGAUAGAGAUCAGUGUUCGCCAGAGCUUCCUCACCGACCCCGCCCCAGCUGUCAAGAACCUCAAGCGGCAAGAUGCCAGAAUCAUCGUGGGGCUCUUCUACGAGACAGAAGCCAGAAAAGUUUUCUGCGAGGUGUACAAGGAGAAGCUCUAUGGGAAGAAAUAUGUCUGGUUCCUGAUUGGUUGGUACGCAGACAACUGGUUCAAGAUCAAAGACCCGUCAAUCAACUGCACCGUGGAGCAGAUGACAGAGGCGGUGGAGGGCCACGUUACCACGGAGAUCGUCAUGCUCAACCCCGAGACCGUCCGAGGGGCCUCCAAUCUGACGUCUCAGGAGUUCCUGAACCAGCUGAUGUCUAAGUUGGGGGGUAAGAACCCUGAGGAGACGGGGGGGUUCCAGGAGGCCCCUCUGGCCUACGAUGCAGUGUGGGCCCUGGCUCUGGCCCUCAACAAGACCGUUGGCCCACUGAAGGCCAAGGGCCGCAGGCUGGAAGACUUCAACUACAACAACCGAGAUAUCACUGCCGAGAUCUACCGUGCUCUCAACACCAGCUCAUUCGAAGGAGUGUCGGGCCAUGUUGUGUUUGAUGCCCAGGGUUCUAGAAUGGCCUGGACUCUUAUUGAGCAGCUGCAAGGAGGCAGCUAUAAGAAGAUUGGAUACUUUGACAGUACCAAAGGAAAUCUAUCCUGGUAUGGGAAUGACAGGUGGAUAGGUCCAGGCCCCCCAGCAGAUCAGACGGUGGUUAUAGAGGAGUUUAGGUUCCUCUCUCAGAAGCUCUUUGUCUCUGUGUCUGUGUUCGCUGGACUGGGGAUUCUACUGGGGAUAGUGUGUCUCACAUUCAACAUCUACAACAGCAAUGUCAGGUACAUCCAGAACUCCCAGCCCUACCUGAACAACAUGACGGCAGUGGGGUGUAUGAUGGCUCUGGCUGCUGUCUUCCCUCUGGGCCUCGAUGGACACCACGUACACAGGAAACAGUUCCCCGUUGUCUGCCAGUUCCGUCUGUGGCUGCUUGGCCUGGGCUUCAGCCUGGCGUACGGUUCUAUGUUCACUAAGAUCUGGUGGGUCCACACUGUCUUCACCAAGAAGGAUGACAAGAAGGAGAAGAGGAAGCACCUGGAGCCGUGGAAACUCUACGCCACCGUGGGGGUGCUGCUGGUCAUCGACGUCCUGUCACUCAUGAUCUGGCAAAUAGUGGAUCCUCUACACAUCACUGUGGAGAAGUUUGUGAGAGAGGCCCCUAAAGGAGACCUGGAUGUUCUGGUUCAACCGCUGCUGGAACACUGCAGCUCAGACAAGAUGAACACUUGGCUUGGGGUGGUGUAUGGCUAUAAGGGCUUGCUGCUGCUCCUGGGGAUUUUUCUGGCUUAUGAGACCAAGUCUAUAUCAACAGAGAAGAUCAACGACCACCGUGCUGUCGGCAUGGCCAUUUACAACGUCUCAGUGCUGUGUAUGAUCACGGCUCCCGUCACCAUGAUCUUGUCGUCGCAGCAGGACGCCUCGUUUGCCUUCGCCUCCCUGGCCAUCGUCUUCUCUGUCUACAUCACCCUGGUGGUGCUCUUUGUCCCCAAGAUGCGUCGCCUGAUCACCCGAGGAGAGUGGCAGUCAGACACCCAGGAGACCGUGAAGACACAGGGCUCAUCCACCAACAACAACGAUGAGGAGAAGUCCAGACAGCUGGAGAGAGAGAACAAGGAACUUCAGAAGAUCAUUCAGGAGAAAGAAGAGAGGGUGUCAGAGCUGCGAAACCAGCUGGUGGAGCGACAAGCUCUCCGCUCCCGAAGACGACCCUCCAUAGCCAACCAGAACCACAGCACACCCCUUCUCCCUGUCCCCUCGAAUGACCCCAAAUCCCUCAUUCCCCCACCGGGGUACCCCAACCCCACCCCAGACAACCACUCCCUCCCUCCAUCGUUCUCCAACUCCUCCAACCUCUAUCAGCCCGAUGGGAAGAUCAGUAGGAACAACUGCCACACCAGCCGGUUACAGCUCCUCUACAAGUGAACGAUAGGAGGAGAGGAAGAGUGUUUGAAAGGGGGUAUAAGUUAGUGAAUGAAGAAUGGAUGGAAGGACCAGUAAUCGGGUGAGGGGGUAAGAGACGAGGUAGAGGAAGGAAGAGAGGCAGUAACUAGGUAAGGUAGUGACCAGAGGGUUAGUGAUAGGUAAGGUAGUGACCAGAGGGUUAGUGAUAGGUAAGGUAGUGACCAGAGGGUUAGUAAUAGGUAAGGUAGUGAUCAGAGGGUUAGUGAUAGGUAAGGUAGUGAUCAGAGGGUUAGUGAUAGGUAAGGUAGUGACCAGAGGGUUAGUGAUAGGUAAGGUAGUGAUCAGAGGGUUAGUGAUAGGUAAGGUAGUGAUCAGAGGGUUAGUGAUAGGUAAGGUAGUGAUCAGAGGGUUAGUGAUAGGUAAGGUAGUGAUCAGAGGGUUAGUGAUAGGUAAGGUAGUGAUCAGAGGGUUAGUGAUAGGUAAGGUAGUGACCAGAGGGUUAGUGAUAGGUAAGGUAGUGACCAGAGGGUUAGUGAUAGGUAAGGUAGUGAUCAGAGGGUUAGUGAUAGGUAAGGUAGUGAUCAGAGGGUUAGUGAUAGGUAAGGUAGUGAUCAGAGGGUUAGUGAUAGGUAAGGUAGUGAUCAGAGGGUUAGUGAUAGGUAAGGUAGUGAUCAGAGGGUUAGUGAUAGGUAAGGUAGUGAUCAGAGGGUUAGUGAUAGGUAGAGGGGGCAACAGGAGUCAAACGGUGAUCCAAUUUAUUGAAUGAGAAAGAUCAGAGAGGCCGUACCUGAAGACAACUUAAAGAGAGGGGGAUAGCUUCUGAGGAGACCAAUUGAAAUUGAGCAAAGGGAUUUGAAGAAGGGAAAACAGAAAGCACAUAGAAUUAUUGUUUUUACCUCUCCCUCUCUCUCUCUCUCUCUCUCUCUCUCUCUCUCUCUCUCUCUCUCUCUCUCUCUCUCUCUCUCUCUGUCUCUCUCUCUCUCACUCUCUCUCAAUUUCAAUUCAAUUCAAUUCAAUUGACUUUAUUGACAUGGCAAGUUCAUUAUUACUUACAUUGUAAAAGUAUACAUAUCGAAAUAAAAAUCAAAUAUAUAUGUAUAUAUAUACAAAAUAUAUAUAUUUAUAUAUAAAUAAAUGGUGGGACCAACAGUAAUAAUAAUAGUAGUAGUGGACAUGGGAUUACCAUUAACAACAACUACAACAACAAUAUUAAUCAGAACAAUACAUUAAAUCAAAGGUAGUAGACCAGUGUCAACAUGACUUGAGAAGACAUACGACCUGGUAUGAAAGACAAAACAAAACUAAGCUCUCUCUCUCUCUCUCCCUCUCUCACUCUCUCUCUCUCUCUCGCUCUUUCUCUCUCACUCUCACUCUCUUUCUCUCUCGCGCUCUCUCUCUCUCUCGCUCGCUCUCGCUCUCUCUCUCACACUCUCUCUCACUCUCUUUCUCUCUCGCGCUCUCUCUCUCUCUCCCUCUCGCUCUCGCUCUCUCUCUCUCACUCUCUCUCACUCGCUCUCGCUCUCUCACUCUCUCGCUCUCGCCUUCUCUCUCUCAAUAUCUCUCUCUCUCUGUCCUUCUGUCUCUACCUCCCCCUGGUGUCCAAUAAAUGCAAUCAUUCCAUAUUUAUUUGUGAGAAAUAAGAACAACAUACUCAUGCGGCCUAUAAUUUCCAAUAAAUUAAACCAUUCUGCGUCUGCUGCCCUCAGAGCAUGAUGCAUAAAUUAGCCACAAGGGAUUUGGUGUGUAUAUAUUUAUAGUAUCUAGAGAGGAAUACAAGAGAGGUGCUAAUGUUAUGACUACACAUCCAUCAUAUUUAUUAUGUACCAAUAAUAUGUGUUUACUGCAUGUGGAUACUGCAGCAGCACCAUGACAGGAGAAUCUGUAAGACAAGCUUGUGAUUGUACAGAGACAUCAAGACUGACCUGUUUGUCUUUGUCAAAAAACAUUUACCAGAUCUGCUGUCUAUACAACUUCGACAUAAUCUCCGGUCUAUUUUUACAUCCCAUGCAAAAUGUAUACUUAUUCUUAAAUGUUGUUAAAAAACUUUUUUUUUUUUUUUGAGGAUCCUAUUUCUCUUUUAAAGAGACUGUUUUAGAGUUGGGAUGUAUUCCAGCUGUAGAAUCAUCUGUUUGUGGGCUGCAGGCUUUUCGUCCUUCACCAGAAAGUAUUUAAAUUGUCCUGAUUGCAGCAAAUGAAGCGCUGCCUGACUGGGUAAUUCAUAAAGCUGAGCCGGAGCAACACUGAAACAUUUGUUAUAAUACAAGGCCACAGCUGUUGCCGGAAGAUAUUUCACAGAUGAUGAGACAGACAGAGGUGUCCAAAAAGACAAACCAAAAAAGGAAUUUAACUGGAGAAAACAGGUUCCAACUUUCCCUAAAUUCCCAAGUUUUUCAGAACUCCUGUUUGGAAAAUUCCCGGGUUUACAAGCAAUCCUGGUUGGAAAAUUCCCGGAAUCAGGAAAGAAUAAACUGGAAAUUUAGAAUCCUCCAACUGCGAUUUCUGGAAAUUACCAUUGUUUUGCAACCCUCUAACAGGUCAAACAUAAUAUGAUUAAUGUGUCAUAUAAUACAACCAACAGUCAAAUACAAUUUAUUUUAUUUGAUCCCUUCUGAACGUUUGGCAUUAGUUAGGCUCCAAUUGUUAGAGCUUGGAGGACGUAGUACUUUAAGAUUGUGUCAAAAAUAAUCAUAUAUAUAUAUAUAUUGUUUUACCUUUAUUUAACUAGGGAAGUCAGAACAGAUUCUUAUUUACAAUGACGACCUACACCGGCCAAACCCUAUGGGACUCCCAAUCACAGCCGGUUGUGAUUACAGCCUGGAUUCGAACCAGGGUGUCUAUAGUGACACCUCUAGCACUGAGAUGCAGCCUUAGACCACUGCACCACUCGGGAGCCCAUAUGUUAUGCUGCACAAGCCGUACAAGUGUAUACAUACAUUUAUUUAAAAAAUAUAUAUAUCUUCCCCCAGCUCCGGCUAAAAGCUUUAAUGUGUCCCAAGUGGCUCCCUAUUCCCUAAUUAGUGCACUAGGGCCCAUAGGGUUCUGGUCAAAAGUAGUGCACUAUGUAGGGAAUAGGGUGCCAUUUGGGAAACUGGACACAUUGAAUCACUGAUGAUCCAGAUACUUCCUCAAUGACACCUGCCGUAUCUGAACUGUCACUUUAGCAGGUCUUUGCUUUAGCAACGUGUUAACCGCAUUGACAACACAUAGGAUAUUCUUCCUAGCUAUUCAUUUUUGUUCACCAUAAACCCAGUAUUAGGUCAAACGUAGCUCCUGGCAUGUACUAAACUCCUCAAACAACAUCAGUGGUCAAAUCUCCAAACCCUCUCAUCAGCAGUUCUCUGUUUUCUUGUUUUUGCUGGAUCUGCUAUCUGGUUUCAUGUUUGUCCUGUAAAACAAUGUCAAAGAGGAAGGACUUUUUAGCGCUGUAGUUUUUAGAGACAGACAGAAAGUAACACUUCCCCUAAAUAUGUUAGUCCAACGUGAUGCCACGAGCACAAAGUGAGACCAUAACCUGUAUGUGUUUCCAGGUACCUUUCUCAGUGCCUGUUUCAAAUGACUGUAUUUGCCUUCUCAUUGUGCGUCAACCAGUGUUGUAAUCUCGAUCCCAGGCUCAUUUGUUAUCUGCCAUAAGCUCUGUUCAUGUGCUGUUUCCAGGUUCUGUGAAACCAGACAGGUUCAACAGCGAGAGAGCUGAGUGGGUGGAUGACUGGGUGGGUGGAUGACUGGGUGGGUGGCUGGCUGAGUGGGUGGCUGGCUGGGUGGGUGGGU